AUGUAAGGGUUGCAUAGAUUGAAAAAGUAGAAUAGCGAGUUCUCUAGACUUAUAUUGUUUCAUUUAAGUAAAUUCGUCAUCAAUUUAUUUUAGAAACACAAACAAAAAAAUUGUACUUCAUUCAAAAUCUUAUACCUUUGGAACUUAGGUAUCAUUAUUUAUAUGUACUUUUUAGGAACAUAAACUAGAGAAGGAUUACUUGA